ACUCAACAAAAAUUGUGGACUAAGCAGUUACUCCAAACAUGUCAUUCACAACCGUGUAGGGUAGGUGUAAACACCCUGGCUUUGCACGUUCGAAGUAUACAAUAACGUACGCCUGGAUAAUCAUAACUUUUAAACUGACAACAUAUGAAUGUCACAUGCACCGAACAUAACGAGCGUGCAAGUGAAGUUAUAUUUAGACUCAAGCUAAUGCUAUGAGUAGCAGGCUAGCAUCUAGCAGACUAUUAUCCAUAACAAUGCAGGUACUGGUAGCUAGCUAAGAAUAUUCCAUAACAUGCACGUUUUCUUUGCAAUAAGGUAGGUAACGAAAGCUUAUUUACAAUGGUUUAUUUAGCGAGCAUACAUUUACAGUGCAACACCAAAGUCGCUCAAUGUUUUUGUUGUUGAGGAAACAGAAGGCAGUGAAGCAGCAGCACUUGUUAGCUACCUAGCUACUUAAUUACUCGUUAAGCUUAACAGCUACUACUAGCUAGGUAGCUAACACAUCUACGAAGAAGAUAACUUGAUAUAAAUGUCUUUCAUUUGUCCGUCUGGAUUGUGCUUGUAAUUUAUGCCUGGAAAACUAUGUAGCCAUAGUGUAUCUACAGUAGGUAACGUUAGCUAACGUUGACGCAAAUGUUCAAGUCUGCAAACGUUAACUAGCUAACUCACGUCUCACAAUGGCUAACUAGCUGUCCACUUGUGACAUGCUAUAAUUGACUUACAAAGCUCCCUCACAUACCGCUAUCUCAUGCAGUAGCUAAAUCCGUAUUAACAGUGUGAAAAUGCGUUCUUGUUGCAUGUGUCAAUACUGACUACACAGGAAAUUGUUGUUGUGCAUGGACCAGGUGAAUAGUUGUGCCACUAAUUUUAAUUUCAUGUGUUUUCCAGCUACUGAAAAGUCAUAUGUCUCAUUUGAAGCAUAGCCUUUGAUAUUUAGCUAGAUAUUGGUGCAGGAAGCUCUCUGAUGUUCAGCCAUGGAUGAAGAAGACAACCAGGAUGAGCUGAUCAACCGGAAUGCCUCACACAGAAAAGAAAAAAGGCCUGCAGUAUGGGCAAUGUCAGAUGAAGACAGCGAUGAAGGUGGGGAGGAAUCUGAGGAAGCUUCUGACAGUGGUGAGGAGGAGGAAGACCUCCUCGAUGGAGAGGAGGAGGAAGAAGAGGAGGAUGACAGUGAUGAUGGAGAAGAGGAUGAUGUGGUGGAGGGUGCAGUGGGGGGAGCGUCUACUGACUUGGCAGGUCUGAGCUCAGACGAGGACACUGAGAAAUGCCCCAUCUGCCUAAACUCCUUCCACAGCCAGCCCGUGGCCACACCAGAGAGCUGCGAACACUACUUCUGCCUCGACUGCAUCCUGGAGUGGUCCAAGAAUGCCAACUCCUGUCCUGUGGACAGAAUAGUCUUCAAUAACAUCUACCUGAGAAAAUGUUAUGGUGGGAAAGUGCAGAAAAUGAUCACAGUGCAGAAACCAGUGAAGGAGGGCCAGGAGGAGGUGAUCGACCUGGAGCUGGAACAGACCAGCUGCGAGGUGUGUGGCGGGAGUGACCGUGAAGACCGCCUGCUGCUCUGUGACGGCUGUGAUGCUGGGUACCACAUGGAGUGCCUGACCCCCCCGCUGCAUGCUGUCCCUGUGGAGGAAUGGUUCUGCCCAGAGUGUCAAGCCAACAACCGCCGUUCAAGGGGUUCAGUGGAAGAGCAGAGCAACACGGAGAGUCUGAGCAGCGCCCGUCCCACAACCAGCCGCUCCCGCCUCCCUGCGGCAGGCCCCACCCGGGCCAUUGCCCGCACCCAGCAGAGUGAGAGGGUCCGCGCCAGUGUCAACCACCACCGCAUCACCCAGGCACGCAUUGCACAGAUCUCCCCCAGCUUUCUGAUGCCACAGACCACCUGGCUGGAUGAGACUAUCAAUGCAGUGGUGGCUGGACUCAACACAGCUGUGUACAUACGGAACCUCACACCCCGCGUUCCAUCCAGUCGACGACGCAGGACAGUAAAGCGCAGGAAAGGCCAGAGUAAGAGGUCAUCGUCUGCCACGGGUGGUAAGGGCAAAGCUGCAGGCACCGGGGUGAGGAGAAGGAAACGGCGAGUGAGGAGGACCAAGUCCAGAAGGAAACUGGUGGUGAAAAAGGAAGCUACUUCACGUGGUCGUAUAGCCCGUAGCCUAGGGAUAGGGAAGCCCAAACGGGGCUCGUCCCUUCCCUCUGUGUACCAACCUUCAGAAACCACUCUGGGCAGUAUGAGGGCUGACAUAGGAGCUGCUUCGCUCUCUGUCUAUGGAGACCCCUACGAUCUGGACCCCUUCACUAGCAGGGAUGAUGAUGAGGAGGAGCAAGCCUCGGCCACGUCAUCACUGCUGGAGGCCAAGAGGCGUGGCUUAUCUCGCUCCGCACUCCUCUCACACCAGCCUGUGGCUCGACCAAUUACUGCUGGCCUCUCUAGGUGGGGCUCGAGCCUUCGCCAGUUGGAGGAGGUCGCAGAGGUGGCCCCAGUGCCUGACCUGCUGGGCAGCAUCCUAUCAGGGCAGAGCAUGCUUCUGAUGGACAGCUCAGACGUAGUCAUUAACAGAGAUGGAUCCCUCAAGGCUAUCAAACCAGUGGGUUUGUCGUCAUCCAUGCCCAGCAGCAGUAGGAGCAGCAGCUCUGGUGAAUCAGUAGCCCAGCUCCACUCAGAGAUGUCCCCUACCACAGCAGCCAGCUCCCUUUGUCUCCCCAUUAAUGGAGACCUGGUAGCAGGACCCUGCCUGUCCCCUCUCACCCCUUCAUCCCCCCACUCGGCCACUUAUCCAACUCCCAUCCUGAGUCACCCACACGUCCCUGCCCCCUGUAGACCUAGUCCUGGACACAGCCACUGGGAGGACACUGGUGUACUACCCCCCCAUGGGACCCAGAGGGCUGCCACCUCCACUCCUACCCCAGACUCUCACUCCAGAGGUAGGGAGACGGUGCCACCACAGCCCCAGGCUAAGAAGGCCGCUGCUAAACCAUUAUGGGAAGAACCAGUAUUGGUGCUUCCCAGGAUACCAAGGAUAAAACCGGAGAGCGGUGGCCUGACGAAUGGCAAUGCCAGCAGAGGGGGUAGUAGUGGUAGUAGUAGCAGUGCUAAUGGUAGUGGUAGUAAUAGCUUCCCUGAUGCCUGUGUGAACAGCCUGGGUGGGAACAGGGGCAGGCAGCAAAGUGUGGACCAGCAGCAGGGCAGGACAGAGGGACAGAGACCAGACAGAGCAGGCCCUUCCUCAGCCUUCUCCAGCUCCUUCUCCUCUUCGUUCUCCUCUUCUGAUUCUCCAUCUAACCCUGCCCGCACCUCUUCAUCAGCAUCAUCCACGGUGUGCUUCCGGAUCAACGCCAGCUCUGUCUGGCACGCCAGAAAGCUUAGCAACGCUUCUGCAAUUGUUGCAGCUGGAAACUGUCUAGAACCAGCGUCUCCGGAGGAAGAGGAGGCGAAGAGGAAAAGAGAGGAGCGUAGGAAGAAACAUAAUCUACUGACGUCCUCACACACACCGGUCAAAGAGGAGAAGGAAGAGGGGGAUAUAUACGAUCCCUUCCAUCCAACCGGCUCAGACAGCGAAGCAGAGAGCCAUGCUGGGGGGAAACCAACCAUGGUGCACAAGGAAGGUCACAGCCAGCAGGUGAAGGAAGGUCCCAGCCAGCAGGUGAAGGAAGGUCCCAGCCAGCAGGUGAAGGAAGGUGCAAGCCAGCAGGUGAAGGAAGGUGCAAGCCAGCGGGUAAAGGAAGGUGCAAGCCAGCAGGUAAAGGAAGGUGCAAGCCAGCAGGUGAAGGAAGGUGCAAGCCAGCAGGUGAAGGAAGGUGCAAGCCAGCAGGUGAAGGAAGGUGCAAGCCAGCAGGUGAAGGAAGGUCCCAGCCAGCAGGUGAAGGAAGGUCCCAGCCAGCAGGUGAAGGAAGGUCCCAGCCAGCAGGUGAAGGAAGGUGCCAGCCAGCAGGUGAAGGAAGGUGCCAGCCAGCAGGUGAAGGAAGGUGCCAGCCAGCAGGUGAAAGCCCUGUCACUGGAGAGGGAUGAGGGCUCAGGAGAAGGUCUGGAGGUGAAGAGGGAGCCAGAGAACUCUGACACUGCAAAGCCUGGUCACAGCCCUCACAACGCACCCAGGUCUGUGAUGACUGGCACCAGCACACCUCUGUCCCAGAGCCAGGUCCAUCUGAAGAGGGAGAGAAAUGAGCCAGGGGGUGAGAAAGGGCAGCACAGCCAGACUGGCAACUGUAGAGAGCCCCAGAACCAGCAGACUACUCCUUCCUUAUCCAGCUUAGCCUCCAGCCACCACAGAAACAGGAUGGUGAAGCCUGAGAUAAAGUCAGAGCCCCAGGACAGCCCCCCCAGGUCCCCAUCCAGGUCUAAAUCACACUCCAGGCCCCCAGGCCAGGGGAGGAAAACAUCCAAAGGCAGGGGGUCUUCCAUGGAGCGGCGGUCUGCCUCAAACAGCCCAGAGGCAGGCAGGAGGAGGGGAGACAAGGCCCCGGACCAGGCAGGGAGGAAGAGACGUUAUGAGGGGGGUAGGAGAGGAGACAAGGGGCGAGAGAGUUCUAGGCGUUCGGGAUCGAGGGAGAGGAGAAGGACUCGGUCCCCGUCAGACAGCUCAAUUUCUGAUAUCUCUGAGAGGUCUCGCAGGAAGAAGAGACGGUCACGUUCUCCCUCCAAAGACAGGAGGCGCUCCAGGUCAUGGUCAGGCUCCAGCAGUAGAGAGCGGUCCAAGAGGAAAAAGCAGAGGAGAGGGAGCAGGGAGAGGAACGAGGGCAGAGGGAGUGAAAGAGAGAAGGGUCGCCCGUCAAAGGACAAGAAGCGUGAUUGCUCGCAGUCUCGCUCGCGUUCCCGUUCCAGGUCCAGGGAGAGGAGGAAAGACCACUUCCGAUCACAACCAUCAUCCUCCAGAUCAAAGGACAGGGUUGAGGUGCGGUCGAAAGACCGGAAGAGGCCGAAGUCCAGGUCGCGAUCCAGAGAGAGGAGGAAAGAAGAGGGGUCACAGAGACCACUAGGGUCUUCCUCAACCACCACCUUCAAUAAGCUAGAAGAACAGAAAGAGAAGAAAAAGGUAAAAGUUCUCCCACGCGUCCCUCUGAAAGAGGAGAGCGAGACUAAAGAAGAGAGAAAAGAGCGAGAGAUCAAACAGCAGAUGCUUUCCUCAGGACUCAAAUCUCUCUCUGUCCUCUCUGCCUCAGAGGUGAAAAAGGAGAGUGACAGCAAUGACAUUAGAACAGAGAGACUUGCCUCUCUCUCAACAAAACUACUCAAUGAGUCUAUGCUGCUAAAAGAGAUUAAAAAAGAGAAACCUGCCUUUGAUAUGUUGGAAGAAUCACUGGAUAGUAAACCAAUCAAAAAAGAAAAACCUCUGUCAACAUUCAGCACAGUCAAGGACUUGCAACAGCACAAGGAGAUCGAAAAAGAACACCCUUCCGCCCUCAUAAAGGAGGCGUGCGCAGUCUCCACAUCAGACAUAGCAGAUCAAAAAGAUCAGGCGUUAAAGGAAACCAUCAAGACUGAGCCCAUCUGGCCUGAGCUGCCUCAACACCUAACCUCCAACAUCCCUGUUCCCCCCACCCAAACUGGCCAAUCCAGCCCAAGCUUCUCAACACUCAGCACACACCUUGUCCUUGCUCCUCCUCAGGCUGCUGAGAGUAUAGCCAGCCAGCAGGGGACCCCAUCCCUGAUUCCUCCAGUACCAGAGGCCCUCACAGAGACUCCUCCACUAGUCCAACCCAUCUCAGUGAACCCAGAGAAGCACGAGGUAGAGGAGCCUUCAGACGAUGACAUGGACGUGGACAUGAUGCUGGACAGCCUGGACUAUGUGAAGACGGAGCCAGGAGGAGAGAGUGGCGAGGCUGGGGUCAAACAGGAGAAGGAAGGAGAGGGGGAGAAGGGGAAGACUGGGGGAGAACUGGUGCCAGUCACGGCAGGUGCCAAGGCCAAACCCUCGGUGAAGAGGGUCACCUGGAACCUGCAGGAGACAGAGGGGCCACAGCCAGAGAAGACUGGCACUAAGCUGUCCCUCUACAAACUGAAGCUGAAACAGGAGGGAGCUCGCAGACCUGCCUCUUCCGCCCAGGCAUCCAGUCAGGAGGCUCCCUUGGGGGCUACGUCACUCACUGACCCCAAGGUCCAGAGUACCAAGAGGGGCAGUGUGUCCAUAACGCCCCCUAGUGCCAUUUCCAGCUCCAGCAGCCUAACCAACGUAGCGCUGUCUAAACCUGGGCAGGAGGAACCCAACGAAGACCUGGGAGAGGAUGAUGUUUCUAGGAACGAUAAGUACAUAAAGAAGCUCCACAUGCAGGAGAGAGCCAUAGAGGAGGUGAAGCUGGCUAUCAAGCCGUUCUACCAGAAGAGAGACAUCACUAAGGACGAAUACAAGGAUAUCGUACGCAAGGCUGUCCAGAAGGUCUGCCAUAGUAAGAGCGGGGCGAUCAACCCAGUAAAAGUGGCCAACCUGGUCAAAGCCUACGUGGACAAAUACAAACACUCCAGGAAACACAGGAAAGUAGAGGAUGGAGGGAAGACACAGGAAGCAGAAACGGAUAGAGCAAAUGACCCAGAGACCCCAUGAGGACCCCACAUUCAUCCACACGCCCUGGAGACUCAGCUAUUUUCACACUAAUUUGAUUAUUUCUGUUAUCAAAUUGUCACAGGUUGUUAGGGGACUCAAGGACUUUGAGAAAUACUGCCUCCCAGAUUGGCUAUUUUAUUCAUUGUUUUUGGGGAUUAUAAAGUUGUUGCAUUAUGUUCAUAGUAAUUCACCAUCUCACAAAAUAAUGGAAGAGCCUUUUCGUUGAAAGAUGUGGAAAUAACUUAGUGGACCCAAUGUGGUCUUGCACUUUGAUUACCACCGACUGACAAGCAUUUGUUUUUUAAUUGGAUUUGUUUCAAGAUUCACACAAGGCCAGACCAUCUCCAUGCACUUUGUUUUCAUGGUCUAGCAUGGUCUACUCUUGGAGAGGUUCCCACAGAGAUUCUGUCUUAAACGGACAGCUCUGUCAAAUAUCCUUUCCAUCAAGAGAGGUUGAGGAAUAAUGUGAAUGAGCUUUUUCUACAGGCAAAAUGUCUGACAAGAAGCAGUGCUGACUUUUCUUUUUUAAAUGGUGUCUUUUAUAUGGGAGAGGGGUGUUUAUCUGUGGCAUGAGUCCUAAUUCUGUGGUGUCAAAGUUUAAUGCUGUCAUUGACAUAUAAGAAGAAGAAAAUAAUGCCACAGUGCAGAAAAAUACAUGUAUGCAAAUUAGUAGAGUAGGAAAGUUAUUUCUGAUUUUAGAUUUGGUGUAAAUCUAGAUUUUGGAUUCACUAUGUACGCCCUUCCAGUUGAGUUAGCUUCCUACUGGUUAUUCACAAAUGUAUAUUGUGAAUGGUUCUGGAGGAAGUUUGUUGUUUUUGUGAAUGUCUCUGUGCUAUGGGAUGUGGGUCAGAUGGAGUGCUGGUUGGCAAACGGUACAGUUAGGCUCUUAAGUUGCCCAGUUUCUCACAGCAGGAAAAUAGUCUUGUAGCAACAGGAAAUUUGAAUUAUAACUAAAUACCAUUUUUGUAGGGGUUGAUAAAUUUUUAGUUGGGGCAAAUCAAGCCUGAAAUUUUAAAGUGGAAAUAUCAAACUUUAGAAGCCUUUUUAAACCACGAAUACUCUGCAUGUUUGCAUUUCCUGCUGUGCCUUGAAAUGUCCUGCAACAACAGGGUGAUCAAGUUAAGAUCCUACAUCUGUAUGUGGCUACACAUAGUGGCUGUCUUGAGUGGUGUUCAGAUUGAGUCAACGCUCCUCUGGUGUCUCUUGGCAGAAUACCCGAGAACACAACUCAGACUUCCCAUAAAACAUGGUUGUUGAUAAAGUUUCUCAAAUUCAGACUACGCCCAAAGUGUCUACUGGUUUUAAUUCUAAUUUUACUUCAGCUAUUGACUAAGACAUAGGAAACUAGGUGAGACUUUAAUUAAUCAAUUGACAAGUAAUUUGCCAAGAAGGAAUGAAAACCUGCAGCCCUGGGGGACAGGAGUUUAAUAAGUUUUGAAGCUGAGUGAAUUCUGCACCUUCACCAUUCUUUUCUGUUAUUUUACAGUUAUUUCAGAGUCAAGUGGCUAGUCCUGUUGUGUAUUGGUAUCAUAAGCUAUAGCAUAAGACAAAGCAGACAAUGCCUGUCUUGCAGCUUAAUGUUGUUUGCAGUUAUUCACACUUGAUUAUGAACUCAACUAGUUGCUCACAUUUCCUUUGAAAGAUUGUCUGAUUCAAAAAGAAAAUGUUCCAAUUUGAAUAACAUUUGCAAAAACAAACUGAUUUUGUUUCGUUACUUACAAAUAUCAUUAUACUAGUCGUGGUGAGUGUGUGCAUGGUUAAAUAGCUAACAGUCCGUAGUCAGGGCCAGGAUGUUUUUGAUGACUACAUGACCUGACUAUAAAAAAAAAGAACAAAGGCCCAACGUUUUUCCUAGUCAGGUGGCGUGGGUGGGAGAAACUGGCCCUAGUCAUACUGUAUGCAAUUCAUGUCAUCCUUAACACUGUCUCUCAUUGGAGGAGGUGGUUGGCUUCCUUCCUGCUAAUGAAUACUGCUGUCCACUGUGCCUCAAAACAGUUGGCCUUCUCAAUUUAUUUUCAGAUUCCUCUUAAUCUCUUCUAAAAUGUUCUUUGUAGAAAAAUGCUUGACACUGUCACCCUAUCUUUUCCUUUUUUGUAAUUGACGUGUCCAUACUGUGUGUGUUCAGUAGAACGGGUGUGUGUGGACCUGCCUCUUUGGCUAAGCUUGUCUUGUCCUGCACCUUGGACUUUACGAUAAAAAUGUCAAAUCAAUCCUGGAAUAUUAUCCUCUUGGCACUUCUGUAAACCUGAAAGGACUGGAUAGGUAUAUCAGAGGGCAACAUGGCGCUAUUAUUGAAUUGUGUAUGCUGUACCUAUCUGAUCCUUUCAGAUGUACUUGAAGUGUCCAGGGGUUGAUUGGAUUUGAGCAUGUACUGUACCUUUUUUCUUCCCUCAUUUACUUGACACUUAGGACAAGUGCUUCAAAAGGGGAACACAAAAUUACAACUAAGUGAAAUAAAAGUAAGAUUUGUCCCAAUUUA